AUGAAGACCGAAGGUCUUGACUUUGCCGUCGCUGGCAAGCUUUCCAUUAGGUUCCUCGAAAGCCAAGCUGGCCUUGAGCACGCAUGUGACCCAAUGUCCUCAACGUUUUACCAGAUUCGGCAAGGCCAGGCUUAUGACAUUGACAGAGAGGAGAUCUUCCGGCGGAUGGCUAGCGUUGUGGCGAAUGUUCGCAACGUCUUCCACAGCUUUGAGCACCUCACCACUGACGACCUCGAAUACAUCGACAACAUCUUGGACACAGUGGUGCCCAACUCUCGGGCGAUUUAA